GCGGUACCCGACCUAUGGAGUUCGAAACACAAGCUUCGUAACGUGCGAACGGACGGAUAUGUGUAUUGCUUAAUGCCCCCACUCAUUGAAAGGAUAACGCUCAUUAAAACAUAUUCAAGGGUUUAUUUACGUUUAAUAAAGCGUUCGAUGAUUUUUAUAUACAAAAAAUAUACGGCUUACUCACUUCCCGAAAUAACUCAACUGUACGUCAUGGGAAAUUCCCGUUGAUACCUUAUAAGUUUACUUUCGAUUUUACUCGAGACAUAAACGGAUGAUACACACAUUCGAAAACAAGUAAGUAAUGCUGGUAUAGUCGAGGUCAUGUCAGCUCCACAUUUUACCCGGUUGUCUGCUGAGCUGACCAGACUGAGAGAAAAUGGGAACCUGUUGGACACAAGCAUUCCGACUCAGACUACCAGCGUUGCUCUUCACGGGGUUGUGAUCGCUUUGUUUUCACAAGAGAUACGACACAAGUUGACCCAAACUGUAAAAUGUGACCUCAGCUUAGUAGGUUACAGUCAUGCAAGUGUAGACAAUUUGGUACAGUUUCUGUACGGCGGUAAGAUAACUAUUGGACCCGAAUGCGGUGAAAUAAUUCAAACUCUUCAUCUUGAUUUGACAUCUGAUAAAACCAUGCCCAUUAAUUUAGUUUCUAAAGAUCGUAGAAACACAGAAGAAGAUGCUAAUUUAGAAUUGAAAUACAUGAGGAAUCUCACCUUUGAAAUGGAAGUUCCAAGGCUACUUAAGGCCCCAAGACUAUUAGCAGAUGUACAAAUACAAAUUGGAUCAUAUAUACAUAGAUGCCACAAAGUUAUAUUAUCUGCAAUGUCAGAAUACUUUGAAGUUAUGUUUUCUUCAGGAAUGAAAGAAGCCACAAAUGACAUUAUAACUCUGAAAGGGAUCAAAAACUAUAUCUUUAAGGAUGUAUUAAAUUAUAUUUAUACAGGCCAGAUCUCUGUAAACAGUGGAAAUGCACAGGCUGUUUUAUCAACAGCGGUAUAUCUUCAGAUAACUUCAUUGCAAAGUCUUUGUGAACAGUUCUUACUACCGACUAUUGACAAUAACAACUGUGUUGAGCUUUGGAAAUUUGCUGAAACAUACAACUGUGUUCUUCUUCAAACAGGAUGUUGGGACUACAUACUGGACCACUUUCUUGAAAUAAAAACAUUGAAGCUGGUAAAGCGAUUGCAGUUAAAUGACAUUCAAAAGUUAAUAAAAGAUGACAAUUUAUAUGUUAAUAGUGAAUAUGAUGUGCUUCAGUUUGUUUUGAAAUGGAUUAUAAACAAUGAAGGCUCUGGGUCUCUUGAAAAUUUGAUUAUGCACAUAAGACUUUCACACUUAGAAACUUAUGAGCUGCAUUAUCUUCUAUACCAUAAAUUUGUAGAAAAAAAUUCACAACUAUGCGCACAAGUGAAAGAAACUAUAGAUAUAAGGAAUGAAACCAUGUUUUCUCAUCACCUACCACGUAAAGAAAAAUGUUUGUUGGUAAUUGGACACGACUUGCAUGACAAUAUUGAAAUACAAUGCUACAGCUUGUCAGGCAAAUCUUGGUAUCGACUGAACUCCUUUCCGUCCUUUCCGUAUACAAACUGUAUGUCUAGGUCCGUGUGUUCAAUUCUGUCCGGCUCUGCUUCCUGCUUUAACAAAACCAAUGUCUAUUUCACAGGUGGAGAAGAGAACCUUCGCAGCUUUUGCACGUAUUCCGUUAAAUCCAAUUCCUGCUCAGAACUUGCUGAAAUGAAUGAGGAACGCUGUUGCCAUGCUAUAGGGUGUAUAAAUGAUGUUGUAUAUGUUUUGGGUGGGAAACACCGGUAUGGCCAGUAUUUGGAGGGAUGUGAUCCACUAUGCACUAUUGAAAAAUUUGACCACAAAGUAAACCAAUGGAUUACACUUAGUGUUACAUUAAAUAUUCCAGUAUUUGAUUCAGUCUAUGCUUGUGUUAAAUCUAAAAUAUUUCUGUUUGGAGGUUCAAACGGAGAAGAAUACUUGAAGGACAUUCAGUGCUUUGAUAGCGCGCUUGAGACGUGUACGACCUUGCACCAUCAGCUUCCUAUCCCUAUCAAUCUCAUCUUUGGAGCUGCCUGCACAAACAACAGCGAUGUGUACAUCGUUUGUGAAAAUGGAAACGUUAUCUUUUUCAACGAAGAAACAUCACCGAAAGUUUUUUACAGGAACCAAACAAAAUUUGUGACGUACGGCGCCAUCACUGUUUUCCAUGAAAAUAAGAUCCUCGUCAUGAGUGCUUUUCCAAUGAAAGGCUAUAAUGAUACCGUAGAGAGGUUUGAUAUUCUCUGCAAGAACUACGAUUAUUAUGAUGAAACAACACUUCCUUUUGAAAGCCACAAUUAUCCACUUUUUGCUGCUGUCAUGCAUGUAGAUAAAAUGUUUUUAGACCGUGGGCGUAAAGGCCCCAUGUCGUUCAGGUACGGAAUGAGAUAAUAACCUGUUAUGUAUAUAUUGUGUGAUGUUUGUGUUAAUGUGUUUAUCAAUGUAUUUUCAUUCUGUAUGACACAGACUUAAGGUGGUCAAAAAAAAAGAAGAAAAAAAUCAAUGUUUUACUACAAACAUACACAAACUACAUGGUUAACACGUGUUUGAGCUCAUGUGACCAGUUUCAAACUCGGCCGAUAUUUUAUUUGAACAAAUGUUCUGACCAGGUAUCAUUAAGAUUUUGCAAUAAACGUGGCGAUUAAAGUG